GACAUCGCUGAUUCAGGAAGUUGGAAGUACGUUGAGCAGAUUGCAGGGCCUACUUGCUGACAUGGACGCAGCAAGUCCUGUCGCAGGUGAGACUUGUGCGGUGAGCGUUAAAGCCCACGUUUUUCUCUACAAUUCGCACGAACAAAAGUGGAAUUCACUCGGAGACCGAGCUCUCUCACGAGUUCAAGUAUUUAAAAGACGCCAGGGCGAGCAAGCGUUUUACCGAAUAGUUGCACGCUGUGAGAACGCUCCAGCUAACACUCCACCAAUUCUAAUGGAGCAGUUGGAUCCACACAGUGAACUUCUAUGUACAACUGAUAAGUUCUAUCAGUUGCAACUGGGCAGUAACCAUAUCUACGGUCUUAACUUCACCUUAGAAACGGAUGCACAAGUUUUUUCUACAUUCGUUCAAAGUCUGCUGAUGCCUACUACACCAACAACUCCUGAGAGGCGAAUCGAAGAUGAGUUACCACCUGCCCAACUGGGCCCCAGACGGCAGAGGCCACAGCAGCAAGUGGGUAAUGUUGCACCAUUCAGCACCAUGCAAGGCUAUAGUCAGCGUGAGCGUAUUCCAGCCAACGCCCUUCACAGUGUUCCACCUGUACAUUCAAAGCCAAUGAUUGAAACGUACACUGAACAGCUAGGUGAUGCAAUUGCCAAGGGCGAUGUGGGUGUAGCUCAGAGUAUUGUUGCUGAGCUGGCUAAGAAAAAGGCAAAUGUGAAUGUUGAGGUGGAUCUUCAUCAGAAACCUCCUGAACCUCAACUUCACAGGCUACGCGUGAUGGUGGAAGAUAGAGAAACACCUGGUGGAUCAUUUACAAUUGAAACGAAACUAACUGUAUCUAUUAAGACUUUGAAACAAAAGGUGUAUGAGCAGCAUCAAUUUCCUGUUGAAGUUCAAAGAUGGUUCUUUAACAGACGUAUCCUGAAGGACAACGAAAAUCUCAGACAGCUUAAUAUUAAUCCUCGUGAGCAUGUUUUGAACUUGUACCUUCUGUCAUCCAAAUCGGUGGACAUCACGAGAGAGCAAGUAGAACAAAGGCAACAGAGACAAGUGGAACAACAUCAGCAACAUGGAAUACCACAGCAACAUAACCAGCCCUCUCUUGCAGUGAGGGAUGGAACAAAUAUAGCUGGAGGUGAAUUUCCCACUCCUUAUUUACCUCCCAAAGAACAUGCUGCAUUUCAACAGCAUCCUCAGGAGUCAUUUCGUCAGGCUCCAGAAACGCCAAGACAGAGGCUUAGGUAUCCACUAGAGCUACCAGGAGAGAUUAUUGAGCAUCAGGAACCUCAAAGGCGUAUGCCGGUUGGAGUACAACAACAACCAGCUGUGUUUGGUCAAAUUGCACAUGAACUGACACAAAGAAAGCAGGCUGGCAACCAGCACAAUAUUUUGCCACCACCACCACCACCACCACCACCCAAACCAGUGGGAUGGAGUUGUGCAAUGUGCACAUUUUUAAACAAGCCAACACGGCCAGGCUGUGAGAUGUGUGGUGCUGACAGACCACAGGACUAUGUAGUUCCUGCAAAUUAUCAACUGACAGCUGAUGAACAAAGAAGAAUACAGGAGGAGCAACAUCAACGUCAGCUAGUAAUGCAGGCUGAAGAAACUCAAAAGCGGCAACAAAAAGAAGAGCGUAGAAAAAAUUUACAGCGCUGGAUGAAAGCAGCUGACACUGACCUUAUCACUAAUGAGGAAGACUUUGAGUGCCCAAUUUGCUUCCUUGGUGUUGAGCCUGGUGAAGGAGUUGUUUUACGAGAGUGUCUGCACCAAUUUUGCAAACAAUGUUUAGCAGAGCAUGUAAAAAGUUCACAAGAAGCCGAUGUUCGUUGCCCAUACAUGGAUGAUGAGUUUGCAUGUGAUGCUCCCCUCACUGAACGAGAAAUCAAGCAACUGCUAGAUGACUAUAACUUCCAUAAAUGGCAUGAACGUGGAAUUGCCAUUGCUGAGACACAAAUGGAAAAUGCAUUCCACUGCAAAACGGUCGACUGUCAUGGCUGGUGUGUUUAUGACGAUGACGUCAAUGAUUUCGAUUGUCCAGUGUGUAAAAAACGAAAUUGCCUUCUGUGUAAGGCAAUUCACUAUCCAGAAAUGAACUGUAAAGAAUACCAAGAAGACCUACAGCGUAGAGCAGCUAAUGAUGAAGCUGCCAAGGCAACACAAAUAAUGUUGGAGAGAAUGGUACAACAAGGAGAUGCCAUGUAUUGUCCAAAGUGCAGGAUAAUCGUCCAGAAGAAAGAUGGAUGUGAUUGGAUUCGCUGCUCCAUGUGUAAAACAGAAAUAUGCUGGGCAACAAAGGGUCCUCGGUGGGGUCCAAAGGGCAAGGGUGAUACAAGCGGAGGUUGUAAGUGUGGUAUAAAGGGAAGGUGUCAUCCUAACUGUAGAAACUGUCACUGAUAUUUUCAUUAGUAUAACAAUGAAAUGUGAUCACAUAACAUCAUUUUUCAAUAAUGAAG